UCAUCGUGACGUCAUUCAUGAUUUUUUGUGAUGUAGAUUUUGUCUCCUACUCUAGAAAAGGAUCUCUUCACUGCCGGUAUGGACGGGAGGAAUGAUCACAGCCACAAAUCACUCCGAUGUGAAAUAAAAAACGUUUACUUUAUUAUCGUUCUAAAUGACAACAGUUUGAUAUUAGCUGUUCUUUAAAGUUUUGAUUACAUUCCAUUGGCUUUCCAGUAAUGAAUCCGAUUAAUGGACGCUUGGCACGGUGAUGUUUGACUUAACGUGGACAUGUUUAUCCAGUAGUUUGACUUGAACCAACGUUCCCAGUAGCCUGAUAAGCGUGACAUCACCUCUCCUCUUCUGUUGUUUGGAUCACAAAGCAGCUGCUGAGCUCUCUACAUUUCUCUCUGUUUGAGCCGGCAUGUCAACAAAAAGCCAUCUUCAUCUUAACUCUGAUUUCUCCGUAUAAUGGUUGAUGAUGGUCUCCUGGAAAUGAUUAGAGGUGUCUGUUUGUGAAGUGAAGUGAAACCACUCUUCAAGAGAGAGAACCCUCCUGCAAAUACAAAAAUCAACAAUCUUUACGCUGUUUGAAACAAGAACAUGUCAGUAUUUUGUUUAGUUUCCAGAUGUAGAAUUACUUAGAAGGGUUAAAUUAUUGUUCAUCAAUUCUGUGUUUUUGUGAACUUAUUCUUUCUACAAAUGACGAUGACUGAGCAGUACUGAAGUGAUGAACCUUUGGAUGUGGUUCUCAUGGAAACACCCUCUGCUGACGUGAUUGGCACCUUGUUGUUCUUUUCCUCCCGUUUCUAAAUUCGUCCGCUACACUCUUGUAAAUCUCAUGACCUAAUGUGGUAAAUAUUUGGUUGUGCCUUGUGUGCGUUCGUUAAUGUUUCCUACCACAUUUUAUACAAAUAGAUUCAUGAACAAAACAUGUUCGUGGCUUUUCACGCAUUUACAGUGCUGAAGUUUCCUCCUGUGGUAGCUUUGGCUCAUUCGGACUGCUGCCUUUACUUUGAUACCUUUUUAUUCUGCAGUUACAAUGACUUUCCCUGGAGCUUAAGGUUCCUGGUACUUGUUUCCCAGGUACUAAAGUACAGAAGUCAGACGUGCUUUAGUUCAGCUUUAGAUAAAAAAAUGAUAUAAAAGAUAGAUUAAAUGUGAGGCUGAGUUUGUCUCUAGUGACUUUAGUGUGUGUAUUUGUACGGUACAUUAGUGUGUGCGUGUGUGCGUGUGUGUGUGUGUGGGACGCAGGGCAGGCGAUGUGUGAAGUUGAUGGCUUUCCUGCAGAUGCACAGCGACUGUAAAAUGUCAUCCCCAUGACCUAAUGUUCGCCACGUUGUACAAAUGCUCUGUUUCCAUUGCUCAUCACACCGAUGAGCCAAAGUUAAUUAAUCUCCUCUAACGGAACAUCCCAUUUAUAUAUCGCCAGCUUUCUUUUAUCCGACAUGAAAGGAUCUCUUAAAAAGGAUAAUGAUCAGUUGCAGACACCCCUAUCCUUCCUGUCAUCUGCAGAGGGAAACAUGGUGCGCUGUGCUGCCUCAAUGGGGCCUGACGUUUGAAAUGCACUGUAUUUAUCGACAUGACGUAUUUAUUUUACACUGGGUGUAAACUUCAUGCCCUCUGUGCAGCAGAGCUACUGUUGACAGUUAUUGAUGGCCAGCCGGCUCAUCUGCAGAGGAAGUCAUUUACUUCUUGUCUGUUCCCAGUUGAAUGUAAUGCAGUUGGUGGACGUUAGCGCUGCCAUAUUUCACUCUUAUUUACUGUGGAAAUUAGCCUUAAGUUAGGAACGGGUUUCACUUCAACUUUUUUACAAUCAUUUAACAUUUCCUCAUAGACGGACCAGAUAUUUCUAUUAGACUGUUUCUCGAUGAGAACGAUCGCUUCAUGCUCCCACACAUUUUCCAUAUGUCCUCGUCCAAGUUGAGACCGCAGAGUUCCUGCAGCUGUGUGCAUGAAAGCGCCGAGUAGCUGCUUAACUAAGGCCAGACUGAGUAGCCUCUGUGAAGACCAGCCAUCUCCCACAGUGAGGGUGAAAUGUCAGCUGGAUGGAAUGAGAGAAGGCCUGGAAACCGGGUAAAACCCCGCAGCUCAGCAGACGGUGCCAGUGAUACUUGAACUUAUCCAGGACUGGUUUCAGCCGAAGCAUUUUAAAGGCACGAAAUGACGUGUUUGGAGCCACAAUAUGAAGCUACUGCCACAGCAGAAUCAGCCGUGCAUGAAGAAAACUAAAGAGAAAGUUAUCCUUGUUUAUCAGGUACAAAAGAUAGUGUACAUCAUCUUAUAGGCUGUCAAAUACUGGAUUUUUGAUGAUAUUGCUGUCGAUAUUUGGCAGUUUAAAAAAAUGUGAUAUAAUAUCGGCUGAUUUUUUUUGAUUUUGUGACAGACUAUGUAAUCCAGACUGUUUUUAAAUGAAUUCAACAGAUUUAUCUGGUUAAACUGCAACAAAUAUGGAUUGAAACAGAAACCAUUGAGAGAUAGAAAGAUAAUUAAUCUUUCUAUGAAAAAGAUUUAAAACGGUUACCCUACACACAACUUUACUUCUAAUUUCCGAGUGAAAUAUAUGCCGGUAUGUCUUCAGUACUUCAGUACUCUUCAGAACAAGUACUAUUGAAAUUAAGCUAUCUGGCAGACAACUCACAGACACAGAGAGUCUGUAGCAAAGGUAGCCAUUGCCUUGCUUUGAUGGGUCACUAUUCAAAAAUGUAACAAAAAUACUUUUAAAUUAUUCGUUGCUCAAACAGACUGUUAUUCAAAAGUUAGAAGCUGAACUGUUCCAUAGAAAUAUCCCGAACACAAAUGGAGACCCGGCAGGAUCGCAGUUGGCGUGAAUGUCAUCAGCACCCUGGAGAGGAUUACAGUCUAAUGCAGGGAUGUAAACACCAGAGAGACGUUGGCAUGAGCGUUCAACAUGAUAUCUGAGUCGACACAUUCACGGCUUCAUUCCGCUCCGCUGAUGUGUUUUGGGAAAAUGUGUGUCGCUUGUUCUGAACGCCUGAGAAGAUUUGCUGGGGGGGGACGUGCACGUUUCCACCAUCUUCUUGAGUUGGCAAGCUGCAGCGUCGUUGUGACGAUAGUAUUGUGCACACAGAAUUCUCUGCUUUAUCAUUUAUUUGAAGUAAAGUGUAUGAAGUUAUUUAUAAUCAAGUAGUCUGCAGAUACAGCCAAAGGUAAUGAGUUUAUGUUAAACUUCUGACUAAGGCAGUUUUUAUCUACUCCUGAGUUUUCUCUCUUUAUUUCAGGACUCUCUUUUUAAGUUUAAUAACCACCGAACAUCUUCACUUUACAACACCGAGUCCACUGGGGCAUGCAGCACCGACAAAAGACUCCUAAUGCAGUCAAUGCACGUCUUUCUUAUUUCUUUGUCUGUUUUAAUUGACGAUGAUAAUUUCUCCUCCAAACUCAAUAAAACAAUUAACUCAACAAAUUGGAUCGUCGACACCAGACGCACGUUCCUUUUGUAGUCUUAAAGCCGCGGCUGUGUUUUGAAUCUGUUCAAGUGUUCGGGGUUAUCUGAACACUUUUAAGUUGAAUUAAGAUAAUAUAUUCAUUUAUUGGGACGUCAUUGUCGGUUGAUUGGUCCACCACUUUGUUCCAGACUGAAAUAUCUCGACCACUGUUGGAUCUACUGCUGUGAAAUGUUAUAACGUUCAUAGUCUCCAGAGGAUGAAGCCCACUGACUUUGAUGAUCCACUGACUUUUUCCUUUAGCGCCACGAGAUGGACAUCUGUUUUUAAGAUCAUUUCUCAAAAAGUAUUGGAUGAAUUGCUAUCAAAUUUAGUACACACAUUUCCUGUUUUGUGUCUGCUGUAAAAACCUCGGCAAGCGCUUAACAUUUCCUUUUGUGUAUAUUCUCUGCAAAAGUGUGUUUUAUUAGUGUUCAGUAGAAAUGGAGCCAGCUGGCCUUAUAUAAUGCAUUUAUGAUAUGAAUUGUGUGUGUGAUGCUUUGUGUAAUGCUUCUCAUCGCUGUGACAUUAACUGCGGUGACGAAUGACUGAUCACUGAUCUCAUUGAGGAUAUCGCGCCCUGUGGUUGAUUAAGCUCCAACUCACCCCAGCCAAACACAGCUGUUAACAAAGGGUCACGUUCAGUACGGCUCAUUCACCCAGUGUCAGUAUAAUCCUUCAACUAAUGCCUGCAAGUGCAGAUCCUCUAAUCUGUAAAGCACACAAGCUCAUUAGAGCUACCGCGCUGAGACAACAAAGGGAUCUCCGUGCACAGUUUGCUCGUCUGUGGUUCUGGUGGCUGCAAUCAGAGGCUCACUGCAGAUCUGCCGGCAUCCUCCGGAGCGACCGGAGAGGGAUUUGCGAAGCAUUUCAGAGCCAUAUUAGUUCAUGUUUGUGUGAGCUGUGACGUCUCUGGUCUGCUCAGCGUCUGCACAUGGCCCGGCGCUGACUCAGAGUCAGACUGGUGAGGUUGUAACGCCACAUAUGAGGGUGCUUGGUGUCUUUAUUUCACCCUCCAGCAUUUGAGGAGCAGCUGUAAUCAUGAAACAAUCUGUUUGUAGGCGGAUGCAGUUUCUCGCAACUGUCACGACUUUACAAGAGUCAUUAAAACUAAUGAGGUCUUCUAAGAAGGAGCUUCUAGCUGUGUUGCUGUGUUUAUGAGUUACUGACAGUUUGUUGAUAAUAAAUCUGGUGACCCAGCGCUGGAAAAAACCCUCACAAUGUAGAAGUCUAGAGGAGCAGAUACGGGACAACAUGAUUCUGUGUAUCUAGGAUAAAGUCUUGGUACUCUUCAAGUAUUCACUGCCCUUGGCAGUUUUACAACAUUAAAUACAUAUAUUUAUAUUAAGUCUAAUUAAUGUGGCUUUUUGAUACUGAUUAUUUAAAAAAAGUGAAAACGGAUCUCUACAAACUGUCAAUCAAAUACAAAACUCACCUUAGUAGAAUAAACCUAAAUCACCUCUGCUGCAUCCAAGUGGUUCUAGAAGUCACGUAGGUUGUUAAAUGAAAAUCAACGGAGUGCAGUUCUUAAUUGAUUGCAUUAUAAAUGCAUCUAUAGCUGCAAGAUCCAAAUUUUGUUUGCUUAACAAUGCGACAAAACCUCCACCGUGAAGACGAAGGAACACUUCAAACGACUCUAAAGGAAGCUGAAUGAAAAGCACAAGUCAAGACACGCCUCGAAGUACAAUUAAAUAAAUGAUAAGGAAAUGCACUAUUUCAAGAGUAAUCAAUCAAACACAACACAUUUCAACUUUAUUUCCCUGUUCUUUCUUCCCCUUAGUUUUGUACUCUUUAACUAAAGAAAGAUCAAACUGUUCAUUUACCUCCUACUUUAACGCCUCUUGCAAAAACAGUAAUUAUAGAGCUUCAUAAUUAAACAUUCUGUAAGUAACAAUGCAAAUAUUUCCCUGUAAUCCAUGUCUACAUGAAUGACUCUUGCAUUGGCUCUUUCCACGUUGUUCCAUAUAAACAGCAUUCUGUACGUAUCAACAUACAUGUUUUUGGCACAUAUUUUGCCCAUACAUGAAAAAAAAGUCAGUUUCUUGUCAUUUAUAUUCAUGUUGGAAAAAACCCAAAACAUUUACUGACCUCAUGGUUCAUUGUAAGUGAACAGUUGAGCCCAAACUACCCAUGACCCAUCGCGCUAUAUGAUUACAACCCCGUCCAACGGUCAGACUGGAGACACUUUGCUUUUCUUUAUGCCACUUUCAGCCUGUUGAGAUUAUAGAGGACUGGACCGAGUAGCACGUCAGCACCUGUAUGGACGGGUUAUAAUCUCUAUAAGCAUGCCAGUGUAUAAACUACCGAUUCAUGUUUAGUCUUUAGUGACAGAAGAAUAUUUUAGUGCACUUAAAGAGAGAAAAAAGUCAUCUUUGAGUUUCUUGAAAAAGGAAAUUGAGUGUCUCAAAAACUGAAUGCCAAUUCUUUGUUUUCAUUAUUGAUUAAUCUGCUGGUUAUUUCUCCAUUAAUCAAUUAAUUGGUCAUUAAAAACAUUAGAAAAUACUGAAAAAGGUCAAAAAUACCAUCUUCAUAUCACUCGUUGGGUCCAGAUCAAAAGAUCAAAACCCCAGUCCCAAUGUAAACCCUUUGUUUACAGCUGCAUAGCUUUAGUUUAUACGUGAACAAUGUUCUAUGUGUUGGUGCUUGAGCCUCAUGGGUUGUAUUUCAGUGCAGUACAUGUGAAACACAUGGGAAGCCUUGAAUUUAAAAAGGGGCCUUCAGGUCCUUCAGACCAGAUCCCCGGGCUCUUCUGAAGCUGAGGAGAAUAUUAGAUUUAACGAAUGUUACAGAUUUCAUGAGUUUAUCGUCCUGCCUCUGUGAGUGGAGCCUCUUCAUCGCAUACUUGAACUCACACAUGCUCAUAUUUCCUGUGCUGAAGAACAGACUCUUGUGGUUUUUUGCAUCUCGUGGCUUCGUUGACCCGACCCGACCGUCCUGCAAUGAAAAGUGACAAAUCUUCUUAUCUCUGUUGUGCCGUUAGAUUAGUCAGGAUCUAUUGUUUUAGUCCGAUGCUCCUUCAUCUUCUCCGUUUAUAGAAACAAGACCAGAACUCACAUUUCUGAUUGGAGUUUAUUUUCUCUUGAAGAAUGCAGAAGUGGGCUCAAAUCUUUUGAUGCAUAUUUAAGAUCCUGUUCAAAGACGGGUUCUCUGUUUUGAGCUAUAAUUACAUUACAUUUGUAUUUAAGGAAAACAUGAAUCAGUGGUCAUCUAUUAUCAAACAAUAACUUUCAAUAGUGCUGAAAGUAUUAGGCAAUUAAGACUAUUUUGAUAACUGAAUGAUUGUCAUUUCGCGCUGGAGUUUUUCACAGUUUUCUGACAUUUUUAAGACCAAAUGAUAUAUAGAAGUAAACAGAACAUACUCAGAAUACCCACUAAUGAGAAUAAUUGUUAAUUGCAGCACUAACUUUUAAUAUGGUGGGUAUCGGUCACCCAUUUGAUGAUAACUAACAAAUUAUCUUUGGGUUUGGAUCUGUUGGUCGGUCAAAACAAGCAAUUUAAAAACACCACCGUGGGUCUCUAUCAUUUAGUAAACCACAUGAAUUAUCGAUUAAACAAAAAAAAACAUCAGCACAUUAAUCAGUAAUAUAGUUAGUUGCCUAAUCUGACUUGUUCCACUCAAUCUAAAGGAUUUGUGAAGAUCUAAACCUGCCUCACAGAGGUUUAAUCCUCAUCUAAUCAUAUUAAGUCUGAACUGCGUCCAUAUGGUGCCUGUUUCCCCAACCGAGCUCUAAGUUUUCUUGCCAGUUUACACGCAGGUUUGGGAAUAACUGGUAUUACGUACUCCCUGAAAGCUUCCUUUCAUUUGAAUCCAAGAUGGCUGCUUGAGAACGUGUCUGUUUCCUGCUCAUCCCAUCUGUUAAAUGUAUGAGAAAGUAACCGUGUCUGUUUCAGGAACAACUGUGUCUGACCAAGAAUACAUUUCCUCCAGGAAAUAAGAAAGUUGGCUUCACUCUUAAAUGUCCACUUCUGCACUUUUUUAUGAAUGCAUCACCAACUGGAUAAUCACUGGAGCUGAAUCAGGGGACGUGCCACACAUUUAUUUGAUUAAGAGUGCUUUCAUGCAUAGCAAGAAUAAAAUGUGGUUGGAUAUCCAUCACUGUGACAGAGCUGGAGGAAGAUUCACAUGUGAGGGAUUUGUGCAAAGUAUGGAAAUCAGAAGUAGUUGUUCGUAGGGAUGUCCUCAAAUACAAUAUAUUUGAGGAAAGAGAACAUUGAUUGUUCUUUAUUUGUGCGGGGAGACGAUCGUAAAUCAUUAUUGCAAACCCAUUGAAGGGAAACUGUCUGUCUGCUCUCUACAUUCGGACUUAACUUUCCUCUCAUUCCCCGGCUUCCCCCUCUAAUUUUCCUGCACAACCACGAACGCUGCUCGCUCUGUCAUGACUCCCAGUAACACUGGCAUCUCAUUUAAAGGCAGCAGCCCAGAUUAGUUGCAGCAGAGGGAGGACAGAAGAGCAGCGGAGGGAGGGGAAAAUGAUGGCUAUUUAAGGGUUGGAGUCUAAGCAAUGGGGGUCUGACCUAAACUACUGCUCACACUUUAAAAGACAGUUACUCACACUCUCUCACUCUCUCACUCUCUCUCUCUCUCCCUCUGUCAGUAAAAGAGCUGAACUCCAGUCUGAGCUGUGAAGGAGCGAUAAGGAAGCUGGCUGAGGGAGGACUGACUGACAGAGCUGCUACCUUGCUGGAGAGGCUGCAGUUGUCACAACAGAGCAAAGCAUCACUUUUUUUUUGGCCUCAAUGAAUGCGUGAAGACUCGGAGGAGCGCCUCAUCUAACCUGCAAGUACUUGUGACAGAACCCUCACCUUAACUAAGGAUUGGCCUUCAUUCAGAGGUUCAAACGGAUAUUUAUUUCACUAAUCCCACAUCUAACAUGGGUACACGAGGCGUCCUGAGCUGCCUCCUCCUGACCGCUUUGCUCAGUUUAUCAAACGCUGGUCUCGUUAAGCAAAUCCUCCGGCAUCGACGACAGACUCUGGAGCCCUCUCAAGAACAUAACAUCACGCUGCCGAGUGCGGACCAUCCCGUGGUGUUCAACCACGUCUACAACAUCAAUGUUCCCGCCAGUUCCCUGUGCUCGGUGGACCUGGACGCUCCAGAGAGCACGCAGCUCCGUCCUAAAGAUGCAGCGGUCUCCUCGGGCGAGCACAUCGCCGAGCACACGGUCGAUGGGGAGAACCAGAUCGUCUUCACCCACCGCAUCAACGUACCUCGGCAGGCCUGUGGUUGCGCCGAAGACCUGCCCGGCCUGAAAGUCCUCAUGAGCCGACUGGAGAUGCUUGAAGGAGAAGUUUCAGCACUUAGAGAUCAGUGCACCGGUGACGGGCCCUGCUGCGGUGCACAGGCCACGGGUGAGGUGGGAACUAAACCUUACUGCCACGGUCAUGGAAACUACAGCGCUGAAACCUGUGGCUGCAUAUGUGAGCCGGGCUGGAAUGGACCCAACUGCACCAAACCCGAUUGUCCCGGUAACUGCCAGAACCGGGGCCACUGCGUUGACGGAAAGUGUGAGUGCUUCAAGGGCUUCGCCGGAACAAACUGCUCGACCCAGGUCUGCCCUGCGGACUGCGGAGCACACGGCCAGUGUGUUGGAGGUGUUUGCAUCUGCUCGGAUGGUUUCCUCGGCGAAGACUGUUCGCAAACCAAGUGCCUCAACAACUGUCUUGGCCGCGGUCGCUGUGAAGAUGGAGACUGCCUGUGUGACGAACCCUGGACCGGCUCCGACUGCUCUGAACUCAUCUGUCCCAAAGACUGCUACGACCGCGGACGCUGCGAGAACGGCACCUGCUACUGCGACGAGGGGUACGCCGGGGAGGACUGCGGACAACGCACCUGCACCAACAACUGCCACGGUAACGGUUACUGCGUGGACGGCCAGUGCGUCUGCGCCGCCGGCUUCAGCGGAGACGCCUGCUCUCGGCUCACCUGCCUCAACGACUGCAACGACAGGGGCACGUGCUUCAACGGGAUGUGUAUCUGCGACAUCGGCUAUCAAGGCGCAGACUGCAGCCAGUUGGCGUGUCUGAACAACUGUAACAACAGAGGCCAGUGCGUAAACGGACAGUGCGCCUGCGAUGUCGGCUUCCGGGGAGAAGAUUGCGCUGAGCUUUCCUGCCCAAACGACUGCCUGCACAGGGGGCGCUGUGUUAACGGACAGUGCGUGUGUGAAGAGGGAUUUGCCGGAGAGGACUGCAGCAUCAGGACCUGCCCCUCGAACUGCUACGGCCACGGCGAGUGCAUUGAGGGACAUUGUGUGUGCCAUACGGGCUUCACCGGCGAGGACUGCGGUGAGCUGAGCUGCCCCAGCAACUGCCAAAACCGCGGCCGAUGCGUCGACGGGCAGUGCGUUUGCGAUGAGGGCUUCUCCGGAGAGGACUGCAGUCAGAAGGCGUGUCCCAACGACUGCCUGGCCCGGGGCAACUGCAUGGACGGCAAGUGCGUCUGUCGGGAAGGCUACUCGGGAGACGACUGCUCUGUCCACGUCUGUCCUGGCAACUGCAACAACAUGGGGCGCUGCGUCGACGGAAGGUGCACGUGUGAGAGUGGAUAUGAAGGAGAAAGCUGCGCAGAGCUGAGCUGCCUCAACAGCUGCCAGGACAAAGGCCGCUGUGUGAACGGUCAGUGCGUCUGCGAUGAAGGAUACAUCGGAGAAGACUGCUCAGAAGUGUCUCCUCCAAAGGAACUGACUGUUGGCGAGGUCACCGCUGACACGGUGGACCUGUCCUGGGACAACGAGAUGCUGGUGACAGAGUACCUCGUGACAUACGUGCCCACCAGUCCUGGUGGUCUUCAACUGGAGUUCGCUGUGACAGGAGACAAAACGGCGGCCACCGUCGGAGAGCUUGAACCCGGCAUCGAGUACCUGAUCAAUGUCUACGCCGUUCUGAGCAACAAAAAGAGCGUCCCAAUCAGCGCGAGGGUGGCCACGGAGCUUCCAAAGCCAGAGGGUUUAAUAUUCAAAUCAGUGAGAGAGACCUCAGUGGAGGUGAUGUGGGACCAGCUGGACAUCCACUUUGAUGGCUGGGAGAUCUAUUUCCGCAACACGAAAGAAGAAAACGGAAAGGUGGUGAGCACCCUUCCACCUUCUCAAAACCAGUUUCUCCAGUCAGGCCUUGGACCGGGACAGGAGUACGAAGUCUCCGUUAGCAUCAUCAAGAACAACACCAGAGGUCCCCCAACAUCCAAAAAAGUCACUACCAAGAUCGACGGCCCCCGGCAGGUGGAGGUGAAGGACGUGACGGACUCCUCUGCUCUGGUCGGCUGGUCUCAGCCGGCGUCUCCCACGGACAGACUCACCAUGUUUUACGGGCCCAGCUCCGACCCCUCGGAUGAAACCAGAGUGGAGAUUUCCCCCCCGGACAAGCAGCACAGCAUCGACGGCCUGAGGCCAGACACCGAGUACAAGGUGUCGCUCGUCUCCAGGAGCGGAGGGCUCACCAGUGACCCUGCCAUCGCCACAUUCACUACAGCCCUGGACGCCCCCGUGGACCUGCUGGCUGUGUCCCAGACGGACGACAGCAUCACUCUGGAGUGGACCAACAGUCAAGCGGAUGUUGGCAGCUAUCUGGUGAAAUACAGUCCCAUCUCCGGAGCGACUCACGGUGAGGAGCUGUUCCCACGAGGACCAGGGGACACCACGAAAGCUACCAUCACUGGGCUAAACCCGGGGACAGAGUAUGGGAUUGGUGUGACUGCGGUGAAGAACGAGAGAGACAGCCUCCCUGCUACUACAAAUGCCGCAACUGAUAUCGAUCCUCCCAGAGAUUUGGAAGAAGUCGAGUCCACAGAGACUUCCCUCACUUUGAGGUGGCGGAAGCCUCGGGCCAAGGUUGGCGCCUACCGGCUGGUGUACGUGUCCAAGGAUGGACAGGUCGGGGAGGUGGAGAUCCCGCCCACAGCGACUAGCUACGUCUUGUCCGACCUGAGUCCUGGAGUGAGCUACACCCUCACUCUAGCUGCGGAGAGGGGCUUCAAGAGGAGCACACCUGUCACUUUAUCUGCAUCCACAGCCUCUUUCACAUUUUAUUUAGCUGAAUCAGACGACCGUGAGCUAAUGACCGCCACAGGCUCGGAGGACAAUGUCAUUAGCUUUGCGUAUUUAGACCCCUCCGAGUCCCAGUUCUCAGUCGGGACGGAGCCUGAGGACGAGCUCGGGGAGCUGACAAUCUCGGGCAUCACGCCUGAUGGAUUUGACCUCACGUGGAAACUAAAGGCUCACGGCGUCUAUGAUAGUUUGACAGUAGAAUAUAAAGACACUCAGCGAUUAUGGGAUGCGAGAGAGGUCCAACUUCCUGGAGAUGCCACUGGCUCUAGAAUCCAGGGCCUGAAUGCAUCGACUGAGUAUCAAAUAAAACUUUACGGAAUUACCAGUAGCCAAAGAUCUGCGCUACUUGAAGCUGUUGCAGUCACAGCACCCAAGCCUACCUCUCCAGAUGUUCUUAUGCUGAGCAUCAAAGAUGCCCCAACAACUGCUCUGGAUAUCGGAGCAGCCCAAAACCCAGAUCCCCUCCGUCCUCUAAACACUCCCGAUGCCGGUACCACGAGCUCUGGUGCCGAGCCUGAAAGCUUGAGCCUGGACGUAUUGGGGGACCUCGCGGUCCACGUCACCUCCACCAGUGUGGGCCUAGCUUGGUCGGCGCCUGACGAGGCGUUCGAUAGCUUUUUGGUGGAGCUCAGUGCUCCGGCGUCAGGGGCGACACAAGCUCAUGUGAUCACACUACCAGGAAGUGUGAGGGACACUGAAAUAGAGGGUUUGUCCCCCUCCACACGAUAUCGUAUCACAUUGCAAGGGCUGGUGGAAGGGAAGCGAUCUUUCCCUCUCAAAGUUUUUGCUACUACAGAGGAGCUGAAGCCCAUGGUGGUGAACCUCACCACCUCUGACAUUACAUGGGACGGCUUCACUGCGUCCUGGAGCCCCACCGGGGGGGAAUUUGACAGCUUUGUCAUUGAGGUAACAAACUUGGAGAAUUUCGAAGAGAGCCAGAACCUCAGUCUGUCCGGGGACGCUUUCAGCCUGGGCAUCUCCGGGCUGAAUCCCAACACCAGCUACCUGGUUGGCCUGUUUGGGAUGUAUCAGGGCUCCUUCCUUGAACCCGUGUACACUGAAGCCACCACAGAGGCUGAGCUGGAGGUGGAGCAUCUCUUUGUCUCGGACAUCAUGGCCGACGGUUUCCGUCUGUCGUGGACGGCUGACGAAGACUUGUUCGACCGAUACGUGAUCAAAAUAAGAGACGGCAAAAGAUUAGCUCACCCUCAAGAGUACAGCGUCCGCGGCGUUGACCGAACCAAGGUUUUAACUGGACUCAUGAGCGGCACCGAGUAUGAAAUCGAGCUCUAUGGCGUCACAUUGGACCAACGCUCCCAACCUAUUACUGGGGUUGCUCAGACAGGCCUGAGCACUCCAAGAGGACUCAGCUUCUCUGAAGUGACGGAGUCCUCGGCUGUAGUUCACUGGUCCAUGCCUCGCUCUCCGGUGGAUAACUACCGCAUCACCUACGUGCCCUUUGAAGGAGGAAGCCCACUGAUCAUGACCACGGACGGAGACGUGUUUGAGGCUUUGCUGCCCGGCAUGACCCCCGGAAAAGUGUACAGAGUGACUGUGAGUGCUGUGAAGGGUCUUGAGGAAAGUGACCCCAGCACCGACACUAUAAUCACAGCUUUGGACAGACCUCAGGGUCUGGCUGCAGCUAACGUCACCGACACCUCAGCCCUGUUGGUGUGGCAGCCGUCUGUGGCCACUGUUGAUGGCUACGUCAUUACUUACACCGCUGAUACAGUGUCCCAUAUGGUGGAGCAUGUUUCUGGGAACACGGUGGAGUUUGAGAUGGGCUCCUUGGUUCCAGGAACCCACUACACAGUUGGAGUACAUGCUAUGAAGGAAGCUCAGAAGAGCGACUCUGCCGUUACUGAAUUCACCACCGAUGUGGAUCCUCCUCGUGAUCUGACGGCUGUAAACAUUCAAACUGACAGUGGGACUCUCACAUGGAAACCUCCGCAGGCUGCUGUGACUGGUUACACGCUCACCUUCUCCACAGCUGAUGGUACAAUCAGGGAAGUGGUGCUCAGCCCGACAGCGUCCUCCUACAGCAUGGCUCAGCUGACCGGCUCCACAGAGUACAACGUGAGACUUCAGGCCAUCGCUGGAGCCCAGAGGAGUCGUCACGUGACCACCGUCUUCACUACAAUUGGACAGCUGUACAGACGCCCUAAGGACUGUGCUCAGAUCUUACUGAACGGAGAGACGACUUCUGGUCUGUACACCGUCUACGUGAGAGGAGAGGAGAGCCAGCCCAUCCAGGUUUACUGUGACAUGACCACUGAUGGCGGAGGAUGGAUGGUUUUCCUCAGACGCCAGAAUGGAAAGUUGGAAUUCUUCAGGAAUUGGAAGAACUACACCGCUGGCUUCGGUAACAUGAACGAUGAGUUCUGGCUGGGUCUCUCCAACCUCCAUAAAAUCACGAAUUCUGGCCAUUAUGAGCUGCGAGUGGACAUGAGGGACAAAGGGGAAUCGGCCUACGCUCAGUACGACAAGCUCACGAUUGCAGAGCCAAAAACACGCUAUAAAGUCUACAUAGGGGCGUACAGUGGAACAGCAGGCGACUCGAUGACGUACCACCAGGGUCGACCCUUCUCCACCUUCGACAACGACAACGACAUUGCCGUCACCAACUGCGCCUUGUCGUACAAAGGUGCCUUCUGGUACAAAAACUGUCAUCGUGUCAACCUCAUGGGAAAAUACGGUGACAGCAGUCACAGUAAGGGGAUCAACUGGUUCCACUGGAAGGGCCAUGAACACUCAAUUGAGUUUGCAGAGAUGAAGAUUAGGCCGGCCAACUUCAGAAAUUUUGAGGGCAGAAAAAAGCGAUCGUAGACUCGCGAACUCCCGUCAUCGUCUAUGCCCCCCC